GCCCCUUGCAUCAACCGACCGAGGACUUCAGACGUCGCGGAGAAGUGCAACCCGGUCUAUCCGUCGGCCUUUGGCAACUUUCCCAUACGGCGUUUAGGUCUCACUUGCGGCGUCGUCUGAUGACGAGACCGAAGAACUGUGUCGGCCUCGACAGAGUUGAGAGUGAGAGACAAGGACAAGUGUGAGUCUGAUCUCAGACCUUGACACCUGUGCGCCCGACCUUGUCUCGCUCUAUCACCUCUCGCAUCGGAAGCCUGGUCGAACUGGGGUCAAGGCACCCCCACUGUCGUUCUGAACUUUGAAUUUGUGUGCAAGAGGCGAAACCCAAACAAAAGUGACUAUCGACCUGUGACAUUCAUAUCCUGAGACAUGACGGUGGCGGCUUGGCCCGUGAGAUGACGAGUGACGAGGCCGGAUGAGAGACGACCUGUGCCGCCCCUCUUGUGCGGCUAAGGAAGGUCGGGAGCUCCCCGAAGGCUGCCGGGGUCGGCGGGCUACCGGGUCCGGAAGUCGAGCUCCACUUUCGCGCCCUCAAGACUUGGCUGCCAUCACGCCGGAGCGCCGACCGCUGGCUUCAGCGAUAUAUAUGUUAAACAUUCACGCGUCGGUGUUUCCAAUACAUCCUUGCGUCGUCUCUUUGUUGGGGCCGCGAAUGAUAGACAGCGUGUUGUUUCGCAGGAUUCGCUUACACAGCCGACCUUGGCGCCAUGUUUGCCUUAGUGCCAGGGUCUUUUUGCGCUUGCUGGCGUAGCCGGCGGGAUGGUAUCGACGGCCAGUAAUCGCGUCUCACGUGAGAUUUUAGAGUACGGGAAAUUGAGGCAAUCAAAACACCAAAAGUUUAAACAGCCGGUACGAGUUAGAAUCGGGGUCGUAGAAACCUGCAGUGUGUUUUUCCUCUGUAUCUCGUACGUCGAGAGUCCUCGUCCUCGUACGACAUCUCACGGUCAUCACACGCAGUGAAAGCACACACACCAUUGUCAAAGGAAAGCAGAGACAAACUAUGAGCGCCGCCGCCAACAAGUUCGACGCCGGCGCGCCCGGCGCUUCAUCUGCCGACGCGGCACCCCCGAUGCGUCUCAACAUCGUCGUCCUCUUCAUGGGCUCGCGCGGCGACCUUCAGCCGUCGCUAGCGGUUGCCGCUCUUCUACAGCGGCGCCACGGCCACCGCGUGCGCAUCGCGAGCCACCCGCCGUACCGGGACGCCAUCGAAGCCGCCGGUGUAGAAUUCCGCUCCAUCGGCCGGACGGACAUUAAAACCAUGAUGGAGAGGCGGCUGCUGCCGCGCGAGGAGCUGAAUAAGCUCGUGCCAGUCAUCAAGGAGGAGUUUCGCGAGAUGGGAGAGAGGUGGUGGGCGGCCUGCAUCGACGGGCCCGACGAAGAGGUGGAUGGCGAUUUUGAUAGCGAUGAAGGAACGUUCGUGGCGGACCUGGUUGUUUCGACGAUGCUCCCAUACAACCAGACAUCUGCGGCGGCGUUGCUAGGGGUGCCGCUGCAUCUGUUCGGGAUGAACCCGCGGAUUUACUCGAAGGAGAUACCGCAUUCGCAAGCCGGGUGGGCAUUAAAGAAUCCGAGCCGGGCGAAGAAUGCCUUGUCGUGGUGGUUUCAAGACCUGAUAUUCCUGCAGACGAUGAAGUCCGUUAUCAACGACGUCCGAGUCAACCGCAUGGGCCUCGAGCCCAUGUCCCCGGCCUGGUGGCUGAGCCAGUACAACCGGAUGGGCGUCCCCUGCACAUACCUGUGGUCACCGUGGCUGCUGCCUCGGCCGACGGACUGGCCGAACAAUGUUGACGUCGCGGGGUUCGUCUUCGCCGGCGUGCCGGAGGGGUACGUGCCGCCGGCGGAGCUGGUCGCGUUCCUCGAGGCCGAGGCGACGCCACCGGUGUACGUCGGAUUCGGGAGCAUGUCCUUCGCGAACGCGCAGGGCGUGUUUGAGGACAUUAUCGAGGCGUUGGAGAGGGUGGGUGUGAGGGCCGUGGUGGCGCGGGGGUGGGCGAAUCUGGAAGGACUGAACGGGCCCGCGGAGCACGUCUUUGUCAUCGACGAUGCGCCGCACGCGUGGCUUUUCCCGCGGGUUAGGGCCGUGGUGUGUCAUGGCGGCAGUGGGACGACGGCGAUGGCGCUGCGAAGCGGGCGGCCUACGCUCGUGGUGCCGGUCGCCGGGGACCAGCCGCUCUGGGCGUCACGGGUGGUGGCUGUUGGGUGCGGGCCGGACGCCGGUUUCGGCAUGGUUGAGAUCACUGGGGAGAGAUUCGAGAAGGCGCUUAGGGAGCUGCUGGAGCCCCAGUAUGCGGCUGCGGCGGAGAGGCUCGCGGAAGCUCUGAAGGGGGAGAGACCCGGGGAAGAGGUCUGCGUUGAGAGGAUUCUCGAGACGUUGAGUGUAUAUGAGCGGGAGGGGAGGUGUCUCGUCUACGGUGGACGGCCUGCGGUCUGGAAGACGGACGGUGGGGAGAGGUUGUCUGCUGUCGCGGCGCAUGUUCUCGUGGAGAAUGGGCGGGUGAGAAGGGGGGAGCUGAGGGCGUUGAAUCUGGUCAAGUGGCCCGACUUGGUGAGCCCUGGCGACCCGUUAUCGGGCCUGUUUCUGGGGCUGGGGCAGGUUUUCGGGAGUGUGGCAGAGGAUGGCAAGAGAGGGCACAUUGGGAAGAUGGGGCUACACAUUCUGAGAGCACCUCUGACGGUCGUCGCCGCCGUACCCUUCGGCCUGUUCAACCUGCUCGACUUCGUUCUCUACAAGCUCGCGUCGCCGUUCAAGCCGAAGCUUUACGCGAGCAACCCGCGGCUGUACACGUACGCACAGAUGCUCUCCUUCCUCGUCUCGGCGCCGCUCGUCGAGCUCAUGUCCAUCGUCACCCAGCCGCCAGUCCUGGCGCGCAGACACCGGGGGACGGCGCGGGUGGUUCUCGAGGUCCCGUUGGGGAUCGCGAGGACGCUGCUGGCUUCGUUGAAUGUCGUUGUUGGGUUCGUGGGCAUCACGCUGCGUCAUCUGGAGAUUGCGUGUGCGAGGGCGAUGGGAGAGAGGCCGAGGGGGGAUGUUGUGGCCGAGGCGAGGGUGAGGCUGGGACGGGCAGAGGCGGAGGCUUUGCGUGUCGAGGGGGCCGAGACGGGGAGGGACUUGGUUGGGGAUAUCGUCAGGCGUUGGGAUGAGAGGAAGAGGGCUUGAACGUUGGCGUCUCUCGUGAGCGUCUCCCCUUGCGGUCGGCGGUUGUCGGACGGUGUUCGCGAUAGGGAGCGGGGUGCAGGUACUCGGCUGUGAUAUAGAGGCGUUAUCGAACGAAUGUGUGUCCAAACUUUAAUAAUACGGUAUUCCAG